AUGAUACAUUUUCUAUUAUUACAAAAUAUUAAAGGUAGAACUAGAUUUGCAAGAUGGUAUACAAUCCUAACUUAUAAGGAAAGAAAAUAUUUAGAAGAAGAAAUACAGAUCAAAAUAGCUAAUAUAGAAAAUCAAAAUAUAUCUUAUUUUAAUAUUGGAAAUAAAAAAAUUGUAUAUAAAAGAUUUUCUAAUAUUUAUAUUAUUGUUGGUAUAGAUAAUAACGAUAAUUAUUUAUUUGCUUCAUGUUUAAUUCAAUUAAUUGCUGAAAUAACUCAAAAACGACUUCAACGAAUAUCCGAAAUUGAUAUUGUAUAUCAAAGUAAACGUUUCUCUGCAAUAAUAGAUGAAAUAGUAAUGGGAGGAGAAGUAAUAGAUACAUCAAUACCAAAUAUUUUAAAAAGACUUCGUUAUAUAUAA